UUUGAUCGCACACCUGCAACCAUCCAGGAUAGAUUUGCCAUUCGUAAGGGGGUUGAAAUUAAUUUUGAUUCCAAGACUUAGUUUUUAAUAGAAACUACUGGUGUUUCCUUAGGAAGGGAGUGCUUUCUACUUUAUGGUAAAUGAAACCCUCAGCUUUCGUUGGGUAUACUUGUAUGAUUUUUCCUGACAUACUGAAAAGGGAUUUAUGUAUUUAUAUAAUACAUAAUUUUAUAUAAUGUAUUCUGAAUAUUGUAUGGAAGAAUCGAAGUGAAAUGUAAAAAUUUUGCCAGUACAGUUAUUGGUGAUACUCUCAAAUCUAGUUGUACAUGCAUUUGGAAGAUGGCUCACUGACUCAAAUCUGCCUUGCAUCAUUUUUUUGCUUAAUUUACCGAGCGUGGAGAAUGGUAUGUAGAUCGUUUAGUUACAGUAUUUGGUUGAAUCGGCAGUGCAGGGUUGUGUGAUAUUGACUGACACAGGGCUUUCGGAAGGCAGCAGUGGAAGGACCCUUCCUGCUUCAGAGAUUUACAAGUGGGAAUUGAAAUGUGGUAGGUGAAGUAUGACUCGGAAGAUUAACGUUCUAUGCUGAGGAUUUAAGUGUCAGCACUAAUGGAACUGGGUGUAAACAGCUGUCCUCUAGUGUACUACAUUUACAUUUCUGUAUCAGUGUGUUGUAACUUUAGGAAAGUAUCACUUAGGAUUAGUGAAAGGUAACAUUCUGGUUGUAACUUUCGCUCUUGUUUCAAACUAACUGAAACUGUUUCGAAGAAAACCUUGAAGCUUCUGGACUGAUGCAAAUCAUGCGCCCAGGGGACAUUUCCCUGCGCUCUGCUGGCCUCCAGACUCCUCCUCUCCUCCUCCUACAAACGGUUUAGAAAAAAUAAGAGAGGAUCAAGAAGAGAACCUAUUACACUGAAAUACAGUUAUCAAAAUAUUGAACCAAACUGGUGAUAAAUUUCUUUACAUGCUUUUUAUUAGCUCACUUAGUAACAGAUUGAACACUGGCUCUAAUAAUUUCUUUUUGAGUAUAUGAUGCUAAUGCUUUGUGAAAAUACCUGUGGUUUCUGUUGGCGAAGAAGUCACAGGUGCUCUUCAGGAUUUCAUGUCUACCGGUGGAAUUGAAUGAGUGUUAAAUUGCAGCCAGAUGUUAUUGCAAAUAAAGAUGUGAUUUUUUUUCUCAUUCAGGUUCACAGAGACCAAGUUAAGAACCUCUGCACUGGAAGGCUGUUUACUCUCAGCCCAUCCCUUAGGAGGAAUAUGUAUGUGCCUCCUUUUUCCUUCCUCAAAUGCUUAUACCGAUGGCAAGGGUGAUGAGGAAGUACAAACAGUGCAGCUGAGGGAACCCAAAGCUUCACAGUAUGGGGUCAUAGUGGGGUGAGGCCACGUGGGGUUACUGCCUGACACCGGUUGUGAUGACUCACAGCUGUGAUGGGUUACUGUUCUGUCGUGUACAAUCUGUUUAGGAAGACGUGGAAAGAGAAAUAUAGUGUAGAAAAGGUUCAGUUUGGAAAUUGUUAGAAUAAACAUUCAAGGGCCGGGAGGCAUGGGUUUUGGUUGGAAAGGCCUGGCUGCCGAGGCCAUCAGAUGAGGCCCCUCCGGCCGUGUUGUCUGCCCUCCAGCAAGUGGACAGGGUGCCUAGCUGCUGGGUGCCCCGGCCGGCAGCCGUGCCUGGUGUCGGUGUGUCAGCCCCACUGGUCUAGUCACUGUUUCUGGGAGUUUCACUCACGGAGGGCCUGGUACUGACCCAGCAGACCUGCUGUCUGACAAGGUGGUUUCAGGCUCCUGAUGCAGAAGCACUGUGGCCCUGAGGAUGUGUCUGGGGGACCUGGGGAGGGGACAGAGCAGCUGCUUCAUUCCAUGUAGGAUUCCUUGGGGAAAGAAAGGGUCCUACAGCUUUGUCAGAAUCUUGAAAAAGUACUGAUCAGUCAGGUUGCAGGAUUGAGGGCCGGGAGGUAGUGAACCUUUCAGAUGCCCUUUGCCUUGGGUCUUCCCUUCAGUGUUGGCGUGUGCUCGUCCUGACGGGUCCAGCAGCAGGCCUUGUCAUCCCUCCCCUCAGGGUGAGCUGCUAAGUAUGCGGUGAUGCGCUCCUGUCCGGGGGAUUAUUUCUGUUCAGGGCGACCCUGCCACCCAAAUGGUGUGUGUCCUUUGGUGUAACCUCUGGCCUGGCAGAGCCUUGUUGGGGACAGGCUGCAGGACACGUGGUGGGAAAUGCCUUUAUUGUUGGCGUCUGUCUCUGAUGGGUGCCUGGCUCUUGUAGUCAGGCCCCAGGACGGCAGGGAGCGGGCUGACUUCAAGUCCAGGGCUUUAGGGUCACACAGGAAUAAGGAAAAAAGGAAUCUAGCGGGGUCCAGGGACCAAGGUAGUGCUGGGCCUCGGGACUGAUGGAACUGCGGCUUGGGCCCUGGCGGGAUCCGGCUGCCACCUUGGUCUUGACCUUCCCCGUUUACUUCCACUGAAGUGUAAGUGCUCUUAACCGUGGGCUGCUUCUGCACACUGUCUGCUGCAUGUUCUCCGUUUUCCAGCUCUGCCCACCUCAUCCUCUUCCUGUUUCCCAGCACACAUCCUGGAGACAGGGUGACAGCUCUCUCACCUUCCACCGUGUCCCCCAGGUGCUGACCUGGGCGCUAGGGGCUCCUGGUCCCUGAGCUCUCCCCAGGGAGCGGUGGGCUCCUUUCAGAAGGGUCUGCAGUGGUGGGUGGGGUCACUCGGAAGGGACUGUGGAUGGUAGGAAUUGUGAUCGCAGCUUUCUGAACAGUCUGAUCGGACUUGCAGAGAUAACGCCUUCACGAGAGUUUGGCAGUAGGAAUCCUCUGAAGGGUUUUAAGUGGGUGUGUCUUGAUCAGAUUUGGGUUUCCAGAAGAUCCCUUUGAAGACUUGGAAACACCCAUGUCCACAGAGGGGCUGGAAAAUAACUGCAUUGAGUCUGCUGCACCUGUAGCACUCACUCUGCAGCUGUAAACAGGAGUGAAGGUGACGACAACCUGCUGUGAAGCAUCUUUAGGAUAUGGCCGCAGAAGCCGCUGCCCACCGUCGGCUCCACCUCGGGACAUGCGGCUCUGCUCUGCCGGUGGCUCAGACACCGUUUGCUUUUGACUCAAGAUGAUUUGAUGCUGUAUGAAGAACUCGCUCACCAUGAUGGCUACACAGGCGUUGACCAUAGACAGCUAUCAAGACGGGCAACAAAUGCAAGUAGUAACAGAGUUAAAAACGGAGCAAGACCCCACCUGCUCUGAACCAGAUGUGGAAGGAGUGAGCCCUCCCCCUGUGGGGUCCCAGACCCCGAUGGACGCAGACAAGCAGGCCAUUUAUAGGCAUCCACUAUUUCCAUUAUUAGCUUUGUUGUUUGAAAAAUGUGAACAAUCUACACAGGGCUCGGAAGGCACAACUUCUGCCAGUUUUGAUGUGGACAUUGAGAACUUUGUAAGGAAGCAAGAGAAGGAAGGAAAGCCCUUCUUUUGUGAAGAUCCAGAAACUGACAAUUUAAUGGUAAAAGCAAUCCAGGUUCUGCGUAUUCAUCUUCUUGAGCUGGAAAAGGUUAAUGAACUCUGCAAAGAUUUCUGCAGUCGCUAUAUUGCUUGUCUAAAAACGAAAAUGAACAGUGAAACUCUCCUGAGUGGGGAACCUGGCAGCCCGUACUCCCCUGUCCAGUCGCAGCAGAUUCAAAGCGCCAUCACAGGCACUCUCAGCCCCCAAGGAAUCGUGGUGCCAGCAUCCGCUCUGCAACAGGGGAAUGUCACCAUGGCAACAGUGGCAGGGGGCACAGUCUAUCAGCCGGUCACGGUCGUCACUCCCCAAGGCCAGGUAGUGACGCAGGCGCUGUCGCCCGGCACGAUCCGGAUCCAGAACUCCCAGCUUCAGUUACAGUUAAACCAGGAUCUCAGCAUCUUGCACCAAGAUGACGGCUCAUCUAAGAACAAGAGGGGGGUCCUGCCGAAGCACGCCACCAGCGUGAUGAGGUCCUGGCUCUUCCAGCACAUCGGGCAUCCCUACCCGACAGAAGAUGAGAAAAAACAGAUUGCUGCUCAGACAAAUUUGACACUACUCCAAGUUAACAACUGGUUCAUCAAUGCAAGAAGACGAAUCCUGCAGCCGAUGUUGGAUUCUAGUUGCUCAGAAACUCCAAAAACAAAGAAGAAAACUGCUCAGAACAGACCCGUCCAGAGGUUUUGGCCCGAUUCCAUCGCCUCAGGAGCCGCACAGCCAGCCGCCAGCGAGCUGACCGUGUCCGAAGGAGCCGUCGUGACCAUCACCGCGCCCGUGAGCAUGACCGUGGACAGCCUGCAGCCCCUGUCGUCGGACGGGGCCACGCUGGCGGUGCAGCAGGUGAUGAUGGCCGAGCAGAGCGAGGACGACUCGGUGGACAGCACGGGGGACGGCGGGGCGGCGCUGGCGCCCGGCCACCUGGGCGGGCUGGUGCUGGAGAACAGCGACUCCCUGCAGUAGGGCCGCCCGCCCCGCGUUUUAUAGUUUGCACAGCAAACAUUUUACACAGUUUUAUUUCUAAUAUGUUUUAUAUGUAGGCAUAGAAGAGUGCACUUUUGUAUUUCCUAGUAAGCUUCCAGGGCGUCUUUGCUGGUGCAGCGACUUCUUUCAAGGUGUGUGUGUGUGUGUGUGUGCGUGUGUGUGUGUUUUUAAGGAAAUUCUUUCAAGGUUUAACGCUAAAAAUAUGAUGAAUGACAGACCCCCUCCCCCGCCCCCUGAACCCCUGACUAGGUUAAGGAAUAGUGCUGCCGCUUUCUAAACAAUGAUGCAGUUUCAAUUUAGUUCUGUGGUGGAAGCAGGUCUCAGUGGGCUGGUUUACUUGUGGAGCCCGUGGAUUAGGAAGAAGCUUCUGCCCCUGAAAACUGCCAGUGCGAGGCGAUGACAACACACAGCGAUAAACCGCGUGUGACCUGGUGGCGAGUGUACGGCGAGUUAAGUGUGGUUCCGCUCUCUCGUGUUCCGUGAGCCUGUGUCAUUUGCUAUAUGUGAAAAGAAACUCCUAUUUUUACCUUGCUGGAAUUAUUGGAUAAAGAGCUAUUUUUAUAAAUUCGCUAUGAAUUGGGUUAUGACUAUAUCGAGGAUAAAAUUUCUAGAGGAGAAACAGUACAUGCUUACUCUCUCGAUUUGGAACGUUCUGAAUUGACCAAAUUUCACGAACUUGCCCAAAGUUAGCUAGCAUUCCAUGGUUCUCUGCUAUCCCAGGGUAGCAAUUUACGUUUACUCCUAUAAAAGAAACACCUAUUUAAUGAAGUUUUGAUAUCUUCAAAUUUUAGUCUAGACGUAAAUGCUCAGAUUGCAUCCUACACUUGAUCUUAAACAUACAUCUAAAGGUACUUGCUAAGUAGAGCUUAGGUAAGUUAAGAAAUGGUAGCCAGUGGUCAGUUAAAAGCUCUUACUGACAUAUUUCAGUCUAAUUUAAAUUUGACCACAGUUAAAUGGUUAGUGUACCAUGUUAGCUGGGUGUUGUUUUAGAAUUUUUUAGUCAGCCAGAUGUUACGUGUAGAAUGUUUAUGAUAAACGAAUAUAAAGUGUCCUCUAUCCCGCUGGCUCAGAGCCGGGGUAAAGAGCAAACCCUCGGCUUUGUUACAUGAUUAACAAACAUCCACUGUGGGAGGGGAACUAGCGGGGCCCGGAGGAUGGGGUGACGGGGGCCCUCCUGCCGCCGUGUCUCACGCUGGUCCUGGGGUCGGUGUUCUCUCCUGCACGUGGUUCUUCCCUCUGACUUGAUCACGUCAGAUCUGGAGUAGUGUUGGGACUUCGGUUCCUGGUGACCAGAUGAACCCCAAGAGCAGACUGGGUUUGUUUCGUUGGGUUUUGAUUUGUUUCCAUUGGUUUGCUUUCAAGUGGGGCUUUUUCUCAGAGAGGAAACAGAGCCCCUGGUUUCACGGAGGAAAUCUUGGUGUAACCGUCAAGCUCAGCGCACUUCUCAAGGACAGUCUUAUGGUCGGGAAGGUCGCCAGUUCCUGAGAAGCAGUGACAGUGAGUGGUGUGGACCAAGGCUACAUGGCGGGUGUUUUGAGCUGGUGCAGGUUGUUUUCUGGAACUGACUUUCCCCCCCGAAAUUGUUAAUAAUUAAAGUUACUCACAGGAGAGCACUUCCUAGGUAGCUCAGAAGGAAGCAAGAAACACACAGAAAUUUCUUUUAAAAUAUUUCAGGAGAUUUAAAAGAAAAACUUGAUUCUCGACUCUUUUGGGGGAGAAAAUAACAUUUUAAAGCAGCUAUUGCGUUCCUCAUUUGUAAACAAUUUCAAAUAUUUUAAGUCAAGUCUACACCAGUUUAAAAGAUCAUUUGAAGUCCAACGAAGUUGGAAUUUAAGACGAGGCCCUGUGGAAGCCGGCCAGCCCCUCCCUCCUCCCUCCCUCCCUCGCCUCCCCCCGCCCCCCCUUCCCUCUGCCCUUGGGCUCAGAUCAGUGACCGCGGCAGGUGGUCGCUCCAGGUCAGCGUUUCUCCGCAGCAGAAAUCCUGUCCCGGGGGUUCGUGCCGCACAGGCCGCGGCAGCGCUUACGCGGGGCCGCGUGGGGGUCCAGCCGUCGGUGCCCGGGGUCUCGGCCACACUCCCUCCAGCCGAAGUCUGCGUCCUGCUCGCCACAUUCAGAGGACAAGGAUGAAGAUCAUUCGAGAGAGGGCGCUCUGGACACAGCCUGAGGUUCCUUUAAGCUCUUCCCAUGAGUAACUAAGGGGAUUUUAAACAACCUGACAGGCAGACUGUUCACCGCCGCCCGGCGUAUUGGUGGUCAGUUGGUACCUAAUAAAUACCCGUUUUCCAGCCCUCGGAUUUUUGAGAGCAUCUGUGAGAGCACGACCCCGUUGAGCUUUCAUUUUAAAUGAACAAGUUCGAUCCUGACUUUGCUUUUGUUAAAUUGUUUCCCUGUGAAGGAUGCUUUUGACGGUGGUUUAGACCCAGGUUAAGCGUGAUGUGUCACCUGCUGCUCAGCUCGUGAGCCGGUAGCGGACGGCUGGGCCAUGCCCCGGCCACGCUCCAGCUGCUGCACUAACGGAGCUUUCCGUGUUUCGAUUCCAGAAAUAAGACAGUGUAAGCAUUUAUCCAGUGUGCAAAGUGCGAUGGGCCCCGACCCCAGCUCGCUCACAGACCACAGAGCCCUGAUGCUGGAACCUCAGCCCCGAGGGUUCCGGGAGUAAUCUCUGCAUAACCUGCCCGUGACCCGACUCUUACCUGGGUGAGAAAGUGUUGGAGCACUUUUUCUUUUAGACAAGCUCAGACAUCCCCGGAAGGUGAGAACGGCCCACCUCUGGCAGUUAGGGACAGAAAUAACUCCGCCAUCCUCCCCUGUUUUAGUUCUGUUUGGUCUAUGAACUGACAAUCUUUAAAUGUGAAUACUGUAACAAUUGUUUUCUUGGAUUGUUGUCUUUGAAAGGGAUUUUUGUGAAGCAACUGAUUUAUCAAAGCAAAAAAAUUAAAAACAGAAACAUG